AUGAUAUCGACGCGUUUACCGUCUUAUGGUAACAUUUUAAAUGACUUGCAUGAGCAAAAGGAUAGUGAGUUUCUUGAGUUCGUGGUAUCUGCAAAGAAUACGUCAUCCGUGAUUCAGAAUAGUGAAGACACUGAGAAGGAAUGUAGUACAUAUAAAUGCGAAACAUGGAAAACGCAUCCUAUUGAGGUUUUUCGGAAGAGAUUAAGCUCUAACAUCAGAAAAGCUAAGACGACUUCAAAGUCAGUCAUGGAGUUUUAUCGACGACAAGAUGAACAUAUUCGUGAAUUGGAGAAGAUCGCAACUAUUAUGGAGGCAGAAACCUCCGAUGUAGAAGUAACCUCCAAUCAUCAUUCUAUUAGGCGGCAAACGCGAAUUAAUACAAUGAUUAUUGGUGUUGUAUUUUGUGCCAACGUGGUACUUUUAUUGGGUAAAGCUGUAGCAUCUGCAUUAUCAGGGUCAUUAGCAAUCAUAUCAUCUUUGUUAGAUAGUUGUGUCGAUUUGGCUUCCGGUGGAAUCAUGUGGUUUGCUGCUCGUCAAAUGCGUAAAAGGAAGCCAUACAAAUACCCAGAAGGGAGAACACGACUUGAACCAUUAGCAGUGAUUGUACUCUCUGUAUUUAUGGGUAGUAUAUCUAUACAACUUGUAGCUGAAUCUGUACAAGCCAUUGUUCGUAUGUCGCAAAAUAAUCAAGAGGCACCAAACGUUAAUGAUUUAGCAUUGGGAAUAAUGGCAUCCGUAAUUGUGACUAAACUAAUCUUAUGGAUCAUUUGUUUUAAAUUUGGUGGUGGAAUGGCUAUCGAUGCGCUUAAAACCGAUCAACGUAACGAUAUACUUACGAAUGCUGCAUCAAUUUUAUUUAGUGGUCUUGCUGGACGUUUACCUCCUUUACUACAACAAAAACAAUACGAAAAUCUUAAGUAUUUAGAUCCCGUUGGAGCUAUACUUAUUGGUUCUUAUAUUUUGUAUUCUUGGUAUAAACUUGGUGCUGAACAGAUACGUAAUCUAGCUGGUCAUACAGCUAAUCCAAGGUUUAUUCAAAAGAUUGCAUUCGUUUGUCUUAAUUAUCAUCCGUUGAUUGAACAAUUGGAUACCAUUAGGGCAUUUCAUUUUGGUGAAAACUUCUUGGUUGAAGUUGACAUUGUGUUACCUAAAGAAAUGUGUCUUAAAGAAGCUCAUGAUAUUGGUGAAGGGUUACAAAAGAAAUUGGAAAAAUUAGAAACAGUCGAACGAGCUUUUGUACACUUAGAUUAUGAAUUUUCACAUCGUCCAGAAAGUGAGCAUAAAAUAGUUUAA